GUACAUUGGAGGAUCACAGGUAGAAAGCACAAAGCCAAGGGAAGCCUUUUUGUUGUUGUUUUAAAGAAUGUGUUGCAAAAUAAGAAAAUAUGACCAUCAUGAAGGAGCCUGUGCUGUGCAGGUGCUUUGACAUGCUGUAAUGGCAGAAGGGAGGUCUUCAGAUGCUAAAAGAUCUCGACUUAGUCUGUCUCUCAGUAAAACCAAGAAAAAGAAAGGAACAAAAAAAGAUGUGGAAGUUAAAGCAACACAGCCCAUGUCUUCAUCUCCCCCCUCCAUUGCUUCAUUUUUUAACAAUGUUCCCCCUGCCAAAAUCCCCUGCCCAAUGUGUGGGCAGGUGGUGCCAAGGUACGGAAUAAACGAGCACCUGGACAAAACGUGUCAGGGCAACCAYGGCAAGGCGGCUCUUGCAGAAAUGACUUACAGCUGUUUUGUGAAUGAGAGUCCCUCGCCUGCAAGUAUGAACAAUMAUUCCAGCCCAUAUUUUUCAAAAAACAGGUCAAAUCUAGAAGUAAGUUCCUCCCAAAACAGUUUGUUGAAAACAGAGGCGAGCGCAGCAGAACAGGUCAGUCAUUAUUUCAGCAAUAAUAAUUCAGCCUGUAAUGUUUACUGUCAGUCUGGAGCUCAAACAGUUAAAGUCAUCUCUUUGGGAAGCUUGUCGUCUAAGCUGUCCAGAAGACGACGUAGCCAGGAAGGAAAAAAACACGUAGUGUAUAAAGAGGUUGACUCAUCGACUCCAGCUUUUUCCAAUAUAUGCAAAAGCUCUGCAGCACAGGAUGAUGAAGAGAUUUGUGCUGGGCAUAGUUCUCAGAAAGAAAAUGAGCUUGUUCAGAGAGAGGAGCAGAGUCCUUCAAGAAAGGAAGCAGAACUUCACGAAGAAAUAAAUGGAUGUCCUGGAGACGAGCUCGUGGAUAUUGUUCAGGUAUCACUACCAGCUGAUACCAUCAAUGGCGAAAGACUAGUAUUUGGUACAAGCAGCACCAAAACAAAAAGUGGAUGUGAAGGUGUGACACUUAGCUCUAGUAAAUUUGAGACACAUCCAGCCAUUUGCACUGCAGCGGAGCACACUGAUGGUUUGGAAGUGAAAACUCAGCCUCACACUCAGGGUACUCCUUCUUCUAGGACAGAAGUGAGCUGUGAAAGCUCUGAAGAUGGUGAUGUAGAGGKGCUUCCUGUGGAAGUUCUUGAAGACUUUCAGCAUGAGAUGAAUGACUCUUUCUCAGAAACUGUAGAAAAGGUAGAAGUUCAAAAUUCUACUAGUGACAUUUUAGAGAAAAUAAAUGGUGACAUUAGGUCUGUGCUGCACUUCCCUGGGCACCCAUAUUACUUCCAGAAUUUCAUAAUGGUGCUGCAAGCAGUCCUGCAGAAUGAAGAUGAUGUGAGACUCUUUAAUGAUGAAGACAUGACAAUUAUUGCCAAGUUCUGCCAAUUAUCAGUUGGUGGGCAGAAGUUAUAUGUGAGACUUUUUCAACGCAAACUGAACUGGAUAAAAGUGAGCAAAAUAGAGUAUGGCGAGAUAAGUGUGGAUUUGUUACCAAUAAUUGAAGAACUGGUUAAAAAUAGCUUUCUGCAAACAGAAUCUGAAUUGGAAGACCUGUGUGAAGGGUUGGAUUUGCUUUCAGCCCCUGAGCUGAAAACGUUAGCAAAGAUCUUUCACUUGCCUAACCCAAACGGGCAGAAACAACAACUUGUGGACGAUUUUCUGCGACUGGCAAAGCAACGUUCUGUCUUCAGCAAGAGUCAGACCAGUAUUGGGACAGUAAUUUUAAAAAGGGCAAAGGACAUGGCUGGAAAAUCUGUUAGGGUCUGUAAAGGCCCCCGGGCUGUAUUUUCUCGAGUGCUGCUGCUGUUUUCACUGACUGAGUCAAUGGAGGAUGAAGAAGCUGGUAGUGGUGGACAAGGCCAGCUCUCCACAGUGCUCAUGGUAAACAUGGGCCGUAUGGUAUUCCCCAGUUACACUGUAAAUAGGAAAACAGAAAUCUUCCAGGACAGAGAAGAUUUUAUCAGGUAUGCAACUGCUGCUCACUUGUCAAAUGAUAUAGCUACUGCAAUGGCAAAUGGGAACUGGGAAGAAGCGAAUCGUCUUUAUAUGUGUGGUAAAGAAACCUGGAAUGAACUGAAGAAUCAGCCUUUUCUGAGCUAUCACAGAGCUCUACCUGAGUAUCUGAGGCAUUUCACUGUUGGCUGGGUGUACACAAGAAUCCUCUCGCAAGGUGUUGAAAUUUUGCAAAGACUUCACAUGUAUAAGGAAGCGGUGCGGGAGCUGCAGGAUCUCUUGUCUCAGGAAGUGUAUUGUACUGACAGCAGAGGGCGGUGGUGGGACCGCCUGGCUCUGAACCUGCAUCAGCACUUGAAGAACACCAAGAAGGCCAUCGACUGCAUCAGAAAGGGGCUUGCAGACCCCUGCGUGCGCACGGGGCAUCGUCUCUCUCUCUACCAGCGGGCCCUUCGGAUCAGAGACUCACCAAGCUGUAAGCAGUUCAGGUGCCUGUUUCAGGAUCUGCCAGUCAUAACUGUGGAAGAUGUGACACAUGUUACGAUCAAAGGGAAGAUGUGUCCUCAGACAGGACUGGGAAAAUCUGUGUUCCUAAUAGAGGAUACUGACAGCCAAGAAGGAAGUGAAGACUCCGGUGCAUCCACAGUCAUGUGCUCUGUUGAGGAACUGGCCUUGACUCAUUAUAGACAGAAUGGUUUUGAUCAGGGGAUUCAUGGAGAAGGUUCAACGUUUAUUACACUGUAUGGACUUCUAAUGUGGGAUGUCAUAUUCAUGGACGACAUACCUGAUGUUUUCAGAAAUUGCUAUCAGACCUUCCCCCUGGAUUUGUACACUGACAGCUUCUACGAGAACAGGAGGGACGCCAUCGAGGCCAGGCUCCAGCAGCUUCAUUCCGCCUCCUCAGUGGCGCUGGCAGAGCUGGUCGCUGACAUCUGGAGCGCGCAGGAGGGAAAAGCAGCAGCACUGGUUACCUGGGGACGUUUCGUUUCCCUCCAGCAGGCUCAGAGCCUCGUUUCCUGCCUGGGAGGAAUGUUUCUGAGUGGUGUUUUCAGGCGACUUUCUAAGGAUUUGCGCCACUGCAGAGGGGGGCUUCCUGACCUGGUUGUGUGGAGCACUCACAGCAGUCACUUCAAGCUGGUAGAAGUGAAAGGUCCCAACGAUCGCCUGUCCUUCAAGCAGAUCAUCUGGCUGAGUGAACUGCAGAAGCUGGGGGCCGCCGUYGAAGUCUGUCACGUGCAGGCGGUCGGAGCCAAGAGCAAGCACCUCAGCUGACAAAAGCCUCUCGGUAACGUGCGCUGUGCGUGUGCCUGGAGUGGCCCUAAGGGAGGGGGCAGCACAAACUACUGGCUGCUGCUUGUUUAAUAUAGUUUCUUCCAAAAUUAUGGCUUCAUGAAAUACUACUGUAGUUAUACUUAAUUCCAAAUCAGUCUGAAAUACACUUUGAGAAGACUGUUUAUGAUUUACAGUGUUCAAAAGAACAAAAUCUUCCUAUGAUAAACAUAACUUUUUCCACAAAAAAAAGGUAAUACAGGGUCUUCUCCAGUCAAGAGAAGUAGCUGCAAUCACAUCUGUACCAAAAGAAAAAAAAUCUACAAUAAUAAAUGCAUCGCAUCAAGUCCUUGAUAGUUUGUGAAUACUGAUGUAGCCCGAAUUCUUUAUACUCUGCAGGCUUCCUACUCCACAGCUUCCAGUGUGUUAGAACCAGCAUGGUUCUGUGGUCCUCCUUUUGUAUGAAGUAUCUCUUUUUGAAUUUCAUAUAGAAACUUUUUUCCCUCCCAUUUUAACACAGACAGAAUCAUUUCUUUGCAGCUUUCAUUCUGAUACUGAGCAAGCUGUCAGGAUGUUCAAAAUUCUACUUACCACAUUAACAGCAAGCACCGUAAAAGAACAUAGUAAGAAAUCAUCUGCACAUCUGGUUUGUUAAUCAUCUUCCUACAGCAGUGUCUCUGCUUUUUUUGGAAAAAGAAAAAGAACAUCCCCACCAUUCUUCUUCAUGAAAGGAAGUGAAAGAAAACCCCCUGAAGUUCACUGUGGAACGGUAUGAACUUUUAUUUAGUCUAAUUUACUUCACAUUCACAACUCGGCAUCAGGAUUUUAUAUUCUUCCUGGCACUGCUACUUUACUCAGUAAAUCAUGAUCAGGCACAAAGGUUUUAGUUUCGGUUGAAGUAGUGAACUCUAAACCAUUGCAGCAACAGCAUUAGAAACCAACUGCCUAAAGCAACUGGAGGGACAGAUAGAUCUGUCUCUUUUGUUGGAGGCAAAUUUAUGAUUUCAUCCUUUGCUUAACUGAAUUUGUUAAAAAUUUUUUGGUUUUUAUGUUUUGUUCUGUGUAACAAUAAGCCAAAACC